AUGUCUCCUUCUUUAUCAUACUUUUAUCCUGAAUCAAUUACAGAAUGUCAAAGAUUUUGGGUUUAUUUAAGAAAACUUAAUUUUCUUAAUCCAAUGGAGACAAAAACAGAUUUUAAAAGUCUAGGUGGAGAGAAUAUUUUGCAUAAAGUAGAAUCUCUUUUAGAACAAAUGAGUGAAAGUAUUCGCAAGCAGUGCAAUGGAAUAGGAUCUAAAAAGAAAAGUGAAUUGCUAGCCAUAUUACAAGAGGUACGAAAUUUGCAGAGUAUAGAUAGUGAAUUAGAUGAUAUAGAUGUAGUUUAG